UUUAAAAAAACUAUCCAACUUCAAAAUGGCCGAAUGAGCUUUUCCGCGAAAAAUCUAAAGCAAAACAAUACUCAAAUAAACCAAAAUAUUAUGAGAACAUGAAAAUUUCCGGGUUUUAUCCUUCAAGUAAACAAUAUGCCGAAAGAAAAGAAACAAAAACGAAUUACUGCCGCACAGCAAUCGAAACUGUGUGAUUUUUUUGAAGCAAAUCCUGAGGUUCUUCGAGGCUACAAGAAAAAUCCUGAUUGCAUGGAAGAUGUACAGAAUAAAUGGAAGAAAGUAACAACUAGCCUGAACUCAUUAGGACCUCACAGAGAUCAUAAAUCAUGGCCAAAGGUAAAAAGAUGGUAUUUAUCAAACGUAAAAUCAAAACUAAAAAAGAAGACUAUAAAAUGGAAGCGGAAAGUUGAUGGAUCCGGACCGCUAAUAUGUAAUGCAAAUGACUUUGACGAAAUGGCGUUGAGAAUGAUACAAGUUCUUCGAAAAGAAGAAGAAGCGCCGGAAUCAGACAAAAAUGCAAUCCACAUACCUAAUACCAAUGAACGCAUUGAGACCUUUGCCAACCAAAAAGAGGAGACGGAAUCCGAUCCAGACCAAACUUCAACUAAUGAUGAUCAAUCGAUGACAGAGGAUGCAACAGAUAAUAAUUCCACACCAUUUAAACCUCAUAAAAAUGCACAGAUUGUAGAUCGUAAAAUUGGAGAUACUGCCGCUGAGUAUAAAAAAGCAGAUCCAGGACAUCAUAAGUGGUCAAAUCUAAUAGAAGAGCCUACUAGGGGUGAAGAGGAUGAAUUUGAUACCUUUGGUCGUCACAUUGCACAGCAGUUACGGAGUCUUCCUCUUGGCGUUGCGCUUAAAACUCAAGAAUUGUUACUAUUCACAGUGCGAAGGGAGCGAUUGAAACUACAACGAGAACCCAUUCGAUCAAGUCCUGCAGCUAGAAGUACAAGGCAUAACUAUGUGUAUCAGGUUAAAGGACUUUAAGAAAUUAAUAGUAUAGGUUUAUUAAUUUACUAGUAGUCCCACUUAUACUCAAUUAAUAUUCUAUUUUUUUGUUUGUCAACA